AGACAGGAUCGAAAAAGGCUUCAGAGAUACGAAAAGAGUAGAACGGCUUUUCCCUUUGCCGCUUGCUUGUUCUGAAGCAUAGGGAGGCGUGUCCAAUCGAAGCCGGAAGUGUAUUAGUGUGCCAACUCUUGGGGCUCCCAGCUGUGCUGCAACGCGUCCUCGCGCGUUGCCCUCGCGCCAUGGAAUCUCCUGGGCGCGCGCCCAUUGGAGUCACUAGGAUCCUGAUGGACACAGACUGGUCCGAACCAUGGAUCUUGGGACUCAUAUUUUUUCACAUAGCCUGCCUCUUUCUCACUUACUUUUCUUUCUGGCAUUACCGACUGCAAAUAGGGCAGUUUCUUUCUCUCAUGAUUCUAGUAUUCUGUGCAGAAUAUAUAAAUGAAAUGGCUGCUGCAAACUGGAGAUUGUUCUCAAAGCACCAAUACUUUGAUUCCAGGGGAAUGUUUAUUUCCUUAGUGUUCUCAGCACCAUUACUGCUGAAUGCUAUCAUCAUUGUGAUUGCUUGGGUUUAUAAAACAGUGAAUGUCAUGACAGAACUAAAGACUAUACAGCAGAAAAGAAAAGCAAGAAGAGAAAAUAAGAAAAGUCAAUGAAUAAUUCUUUUUUAAGUUCUAGUACUCUUUAUCCAAGAGCUGCCAUGUUGUGCUUAACAAUGUAAUGUUAAGAGCUCUUUUCUUAACAGUACUAUCUUCCUGUUAUCUUUCUUGGUUUCUUCCUAUUUCAAACAAAACUGUUCAUUCUUGUUUUGGAUGUGCGUGUCUCACUCAAACACAUGUGUCAGUGCGUAAACUGUUUGAACCAGAUGUAAACCAUUUUAUUUGAUUAAUGUUAUGCUGUAAAUAAAUCAAAUGUUUUUCUAUAGACUUA